CGGUGAGUAAAAGUUGUUAAUUUGGCUAGAACUCAUUAAUAAUGCAUGGGUGACAUGAUUGGUCAGGUCUGGGGUCUGUGAUGAAGUCAGAGCAGUCACAUGGUAUGGGACUGGUGUUAAAAGGCUGGAGGUUUAUGGCUCAGCUAAGUGCUCUGAUUUGUGGGUAGAUGUGUAUGACUCAGUGUGUGAUCAGAAACAUGUAGAAGUGGAUGACCAUGGUUUCUGUCAGUGGAUGUGUUGGUUUUAAACGCUGGUUGCUGUUUCUUCUUCUCCUGCCUGUGUUGCUGUUGCUGAAGCUAAAAUGAACUCCACGAUUUUCUCCAUGUCCUACUUCAUUCUUGGUUCCUAUUUGAACGUUGGAAGCCUGAGAUACUUGUAUUUCACCAUCGCUCUUGUGCUGUACAUCAUCAUCACUGUUUGUAACACAGCUGUGAUCCUGCUCAUCUGUAUGAACAGGAGUCUACAUGAACCUAUGUACCUGUUCCUGUGCAGCCUGUUUGUUAAUGAACUGUAUGGAUCCACAGCUUUUUUUCCACUGCUGCUGCAGCAGAUUCUCUCUGACGUUCACAUCGUCUCUGUUUCACUCUGUUUCCUGCAGAUUUUCUGUAUCUAUACGUACGGAAGUGUCGAGUUUAUGAACUUAGCCGUCAUGGCCUAUGACAGGUACCUGGCCAUAUGCCGCCCUCUGCAGUAUAGCACGUGCAUGACAACUCACAGAGCCUUUGUUUUGAUUUUGUUUGUGUGGCUGUACUCCUUUGUGAAGUUUUUAGUCACACUGUCUCUGAAUCUGCGUCUGACGAUGUGUGGCAACACCAUCGACAGUCUGUACUGCCACAACUACCUGGUGGUCAAACUGGCCUGUUCUGACACCACCGUCAACAACAUCUACGGUCUGUUUGGUAUUGUUCUCACGGUUCUAGUUCCACUGCUCCCCAUCCUGUUCUCCUACAUGAAGAUCCUCCAUGUCUGUUUCUCUGGCAGUAACCAGCAGAGAGUGAAGGCUCUCAGCACCUGCUCUCCUCAGCUGGUCUCACUCCUCAACUUCUCCUUUGGUUGUAUCUUUGAGAUUCUUCGGAGCAGGUUUGACAUGAGAGCUGUUCCCAAAACCCUGAUAAUUAUUCUUUCUCUUCAUUUCCUCAUCAUCCAGCCCCUGCUCAGUCCCAUAAUGUUUGGAUUACAGAUGAGCAGAAUAAGAAAUGCCUUUAAAGCCGUCCUGGGAUCUAAGGCAGUGGAAAAUCAUCCACAGGACUGUUGAAUUAUGCUGUAAGUGUAGUUCACCCAGUAUUCUCGGAUGUGUUUGUAUUAAAAUACAACAUUGUUGUACUUAAUCAAACAGAUUAAGUAAAAAUCAUCUAUUCUUACACAAGUUUAAAACCAAGAGGACUUGGUUAUUAAGACCCACGGUGUCACCAGGUUGUAGAUUCAAAUGUUCAGGGAGUUAAUAAUGAAGGUAGCUUUGAACAAUCAACCUGUGUUUUAUUUAAAGUAAAAUAUAUCUAAUAGAAGACAAAACAAUUUAAAUAAGUAAUAAUAUUUUGAAAUACAGUGUUUGGAUAAUGAUGCAGUUUUGUUUCGUAAAUACUUUCAGAAAUGUGAUUUUUUUAUUAUGGCAAGGUUUUAAAAAAAAUAAUUUGUAACAUUUUUCAAAUAGAGUAAAGAGAAAAAAAGAAAUGAUCAUUUACACAUUAAUUACAUAGGACAAAACACAUUUUGCCUGAAUGACUCCUUAGUUUGACAUCAAAACACAAAUCAAAUCAAAUCUUGGUGGUCAGAGUCCCUCUACGGUCCUGCAGAGUCUGCUCAGACUUGGUGUCUAUGACUGACUUCAAAUCUCUCACAGAAACACAGAUGCAGAACAAUAUCUGGUUCAGGCCUCAUCCUUCAACCUACACUACCUUCAUGUUACUUGUUAAAGCAGUACUAUUUCUUCAAUACUCUGUACUCUUCAAUACUGUACUUAUGCAGUUCUCUGGAUCUAAAUGUAAAAAUUGGACCUUCAAAAAAUAUCUUUUUGGAACUUUUUGUGUUGAAUUGACCAGCUAGACUCUGAGUUCAGGUAUCAGACUCUGAGUUCAGGUAUCAGAGUCUGAGUUCUGGUAGUUCUAGGUACUGCAGUCUGGUAAUGGCUGAACUACAGAAGCUAAAGAGAAGUGUAAUCGCUAGUGUCUGCAGAUACCAGUGAAGGUCGGUGGAUUUUGUCAGGAUGCUAAGAAACACGAACAGACGUUGGAGUCGUCAUGGAGACGUUUCAUCAAAUCAGACAUUUGUCCUGCUGCAGGACAACUGCUCCACACAGUUGGUCGCAGUCAUUCAGAAGUACCUUCAGGACAAAACGAAAACAGAACCCAGUUACGACUGGGUAACUGGUCAGCUACUUCCAGUCAGAAUCCCUCAGGUAGUGGUUUCACUCUACAUCCAAAAAACCAGCUCCAAAGAUUGUGUGUUUGGUCCUCAACAGUGGGGGAGUGUCUCUGU